AACCCUCUCCAAUUUAUCAACAUCCUUCUUGAAUUGUGAAAACCACAAUUGUGAUCUGGCGAAUACCCCAGACAGCUCUUUUAAACUUGUUAAGAUUUGGGUGCAAGUUAUCUGGACUAGCUAUUUUAAAAAUGUCUGUCUUUAGUAGCUUCUGUUUAACAUCCUCCAGAGAUACUAAUAGAAUGGAAAGUGUGUUAUCACCACAUGAUGAGACUGCAUCAUCUGAUUUUUUCCCAAAUGAAGAACAGAAUUAUUUAAUGACUAUCUCUGCCUUUUCUGCAUUAUUAUUGAUAAUUCUACCAUUUCCAUCAAGUAAUGGAUGAAUAGUAUUAUCAGGAUUCUUUUUGUUCCUAAUGUAUUUUUAAAAAAAUCCUUAUUGUCCUUAACUUUGCUAGGCAUAGGUUUCUGCUGGCUUCUCUUAUUAAUUUUUUUACAAUUCCUGACUUAUGAUUUAUAGUCAUUACUAUCAACUAAAAUCUAAACAAUCCAAAAUAUUUAAAAACAAUUGUCUCUUGGAAGAGCUUUCCAAGGAAGAAAAGGAAAUCCAUGAUAUCCAAAAAAUGAAAGCAAAGAAGGAAGCUAAUGAUAAAUUAUUAAUAGAAUGCAAUGAUCAUGAUAUACAUGAAGUAGAUUGUGCAGAUAAAAUGGUUAAUGGCACGGAUGCAGAUUAUGAAUAUGAAGAAAUUACACUUGAAAGGGGAAAUUCAGGGCUUGGCUUUAGCAUUGCAGGUGGUACGGACAACCCACACAUUGGGGAUGACUCAAGUAUUUUCAUUACAAAAAUCAUAGCAGGGGGUGCAGCUGCUCAGGAUGGAAGAUUACGGGUUAACGAUUGCAUAUUACGAGUAAAUGAUGUGGAUGUUCGUGAUGUGACACACAGCAAAGCAGUUGAAGCAUUAAAGGAGGCAGGAUCCAUUGUGCGGUUGUAUGUCAAAAGAAGAAAACCAGUCACAGAAAAAAUAAUGGAGAUAAAACUUGUGAAAGGGCCGAAAGCAGGACUUGGGUUCAGCAUAGCUGGUGGUGUUGGAAAUCAGCAUAUUCCUGGUGACAACAGUAUCUAUGUAACUAAAAUUAUUGAAGGAGGUGCAGCACAUAAAGAUGGCAAACUUCAGAUUGGAGACAAACUUCUAGCUGUGAACAGUGUUUGCUUAGAAGAAGUUACACAUGAAGAAGCAGUGACUGCCUUAAAAAACACAUCUGAUUUUGUUUAUCUGAAAGUUGCCAAACCCACCAGCAUGUUCAUGAAUGAUAGUUAUGCCCCUCCAGACAUCACAAACUCUUAUUCUCAACCAGUGGAUAAUCAUAUCAGUCCAGCUACCUACUUGGCACAAUCUUUGCCACCAUCAUCACCAGGAAGAUAUUCCCCAAUUCCCAAGGGAGUGGUUGGAGGUGAUGAGAUAACCAGAGAACCUAGAAAAGUUGUCCUACAUCGUGGAUCAACAGGGCUCGGUUUCAACAUUGUGGGAGGGGAAGAUGGAGAAGGAAUUUUCAUUUCUUUCAUUCUCGCAGGAGGGCCUGCUGAUCUGAGUGGCGAGCUCAGGAAAGGAGACCGUAUAAUUUCGGUAAAUGGUGUAGACCUUAAAGCUGCAACCCAUGAGCAAGCAGCAGCAGCCUUGAAGAAUGCAGGCCAAGCAGUAACCAUUGUUGCACAAUACCGUCCAGAAGAAUACAGUCGUUUUGAAGCUAAAAUACAUGACUUACGGGAGCAGAUGAUGAACAGUAGCAUUAGCUCAGGAUCAGGAUCUCUGCGGACCAGCCAGAAGAGGUCCCUAUAUGUCAGAGCUCUCUUUGACUACGACAAGACUAAAGACAGUGGCCUUCCCAGCCAGGGACUGAACUUCAAAUUUGGCGACAUCCUCCAUGUCAUUAAUGCUUCUGAUGAUGAGUGGUGGCAGGCACGACAGGUGACACCAGAUGGAGAAAGUGAUGAAACUGGAGUGAUUCCAAGCAAACGGAGGGUUGAGAAGAAAGAAAGAGCCCGCUUAAAGACAGUGAAAUUUAAUUCCAAAAUGAGAGGAGAUAAAGGGCAGUCAUUCAAUGACAAGCGUAAAAAGAACCUCUUUUCCCGAAAAUUUCCCUUCUACAAGAACAAGGACCAGAGUGAGCAAGAAACCAGUGAUAUUGACCAACAUGUAACCUCUAAUGCCAGCGAUAGUGAAAGUAGUUACCUUAUCUUGAUUACAGAUGAGUAUGGUUGUUCAAAAGGUGGCCAAGAAGAAUACGUCUUGUCUUAUGAACCAGUCAGCCAACAAGAAGUCAAUUACACUCGGCCAGUGAUUGUUUUGGGACCCAUGAAAGACAGAAUAAAUGAUGAUUUAAUCUCAGAAUUUCCAGACAAAUUUGGAUCAUGUGUUCCACAUACUACCAGACCAAAACGAGAUUAUGAGGUGGAUGGCCGGGAUUACCACUUUGUCACCUCUCGAGAGCAAAUGGAGAAGGAUAUUCAGGAUCACAAAUUCAUUGAGGCUGGCCAGUACAACAAUCACCUUUAUGGAACAAGUGUCCAGUCAGUGCGGGAAGUAGCAGAAAAGGGGAAACACUGCAUUCUUGAUGUUUCUGGCAAUGCGAUCAAGAGGUUGCAGAUAGCCCAGCUGUACCCAAUCUCCAUUUUUAUUAAACCCAAAUCAGUGGAAAACAUCAUGGAAAUGAACAAACGUUUAACAGAGGAGCAAGCCAGGAAGACCUUUGAGAGAGCCAUGAAACUGGAGCAAGAAUUUACUGAACAUUUCACAGCUAUUGUCCAAGGAGACACGCUGGAAGAGAUAUACAACCAGGUGAAGCAGAUCAUAGAAGAACAGUCUGGGCCUUACAUCUGGGUACCAGCAAAGGAAAAAUUAUGAAAAUUGAAAUAUUUUUGUUUUCGUUUUCUAACUGACAUUACCUACUCAUUGACAACUUGUAACCCUUUUCAGUGGAGCCUGCCUCUAGCUCUUUCCAAUGUGGGUCACACACUAAACAUCACAUUCUGCAGUUCCCAAAAUUUUCUUACAUUUGGUGUCUCUCUUAGUUUGAAUAAUUUGUAUUAUUGUGUGGUAGUGUUCAUUUGACAUUUUUCAAACAUGAAGGUCAAAUGGCCUGACCAGCCAUUAAGGUAGAGUUGGGGAAUUAUAUGGUAAAAUUCCUUAAUGUUUAAGGGAAAGUACAUUUCAGAGGUUCUCAGAAAAGAUUUGUGUACAUUCUUUUAAAAUUUCAUAGCAUAUGAAAAAAAAGUCAUCUUACCCAACGAUGUAAAUUGUGAGCAACUUUUCACACUUAAUUAUAAUAGCAUGGGUUGGCCAAGGCAUUUGAUUUCAAGUUUUAGUUUGUGAGUUGGCUUUCUGUUGUCACAGCAAAUAUUUUUCUUUAUAGGCAGUUAAUGUAACUUUUUUUAAAUUUCUAAAUUAAUGUAUUCAUUAACUUCUUUAAUUCACAAGGGAUAUUCAUUUUCAGAAUUUCAUAAUGAUAUUCUUAUAGUCUAUUUUUAUUCAUUUUUUGCAUGUACAGUCGAAAACAUGUUUAGGUGCUAGGGAAGCUUGUAUUUUACAAAUGAAUAGCAAAUUUUCAUUGGCAGCAAAGCAGAAAACACUUGCAGUGAUGGAUGAUCAUUAAGGCAAUAAGAAGAGAGUCAGAUGUGUAGAUUAAAACUGUGUGUCUCCUUAGAGGUAUCAGAUUUUAAUGAAUAUUUUACCCACAACAAUUGCCUAUUUUGUUAUAAAACUUUCUUUAACUAUAAACUCUGUAACUAUGGGAAUUAUUUUCUUUACAUAGUUGCGCACACAUAUAUAUAUAAUAUAUAUAAUUUUCUUUUCCCACCUACUCCUAGCUUUUCUUUUUUUGUUUUUGUUUUGAGAAUAAAUAUAAAAUAAAAUUUAUCUUCCUUAAUCAUGUGAAAUGAAAUGGGGUAUGGUGGCUGGGUAAAACAUCUGAGGGAUAUUAGCUACAAGAAAAAAAUAUGGGCAAGUUCUCCUCUUUUCUACAAACAAUUUUAGAGGUUUGGUUUUGGUUUUUUUUUCUUUUCCAUGUGAUGUGCAUGUUUUAACCAAUGGAGGAUUUCAGAGUCAACAGUCGAGUUUUUAUGUACAUCUCAGACUGCAUCUGUGUCAUAUCUUCCAUGGUGGCUCUGCACUGGAGAGACACAGGCCUCUGAGCUGAGCAAUUAUAAAUACAUUUCUGCAAAAUAUAGAACUAACAUUAUUCAUUCCAUUUGUCAGAAAGAGGAGAACAGCUAAUAAAGUUUAUUGUACAAC